AACGGCUCCUCUCGUACUAACCUCAAUUACUAUUGCAACAAUAUCUCAUCAGUAGGGUAAAACUAACCUGUCUCACGACGGCCUAAGCUUCAGUAUGAUAGGAAGAGCCGUUAUUAUUAAACUUAAUGAAAAUAGCAGAACCUUCAUCUUUGCCCAUUUUCGAUCCCUCAUCGGUGAAGAGGGACCACCCCUCCAGUUCAUUUCCCACUUUGAUGUCAACAACAUUUCCCUUGGGAUCUUCACCAGCUAGUUUUAUAUCAAUGAUGAAGCCUCCAUCCCUUGUUGUACCGCCGUAAUGUGGUUUGAUGGCAUCUUCAGUUUGGAUGCCGCGGACGCCAUGCUGAUCAGCUUCUUGCCUGUCUCGCGGAAACUCAAAGGUGG